GAGCACUUACAACAUCCAGCAGCAGACUACUGGUCCAACAGAUUUGAAGUUUAUCUGGAGAGGACCCACUGCAAUGACACCUGCCUUCGUCUUCCUCCUCUUCUUCUCAUUGACAGCCAUUAAGCCGGGUGCGGCUGAUGAUGGAGAUGAAAGAGACACAUCUUUGGACACCUCUGAAAUCAUUGCAAAAGCCAAUGCUGACAUAAAAACGCCCUUGAUCUACGAUGACAUUGUGCCAAAUUUACACAGGAAUGCAGACCCCUGCACAGCCACAGGAUGCAAGUGGCCUAAAAUUGGACGCUACGUCCGAGUGCCCGUCUCUAUCUCCUCCAGCUACACCAGAGAAGAGCGCAACAUCAUCAUCAGAGGCCUACUGACCUUCCACAAGUCCACCUGCAUUCGCUUUGUCUGGAGGCGCCAGUGGCAUCGGAAUUACCUCUACUUCUUCUCUGGAACUGGGUGCUGGUCCAGCCUGGGCCGUCAGAGCCGAGGACAGGCUAUCUCCCUGAGGAAAAAUGGCUGUUUGUACAGAAACACAAUACAGCAUGAGGUCCUCCACGCUCUCGGUUUCCACCAUGAACAGGUCCGCUCUGACAGGGAUGACUACGUCUCUAUCCUUACCCAAAACAUUCAGCCAGGAAAGGAAUCAAACUUCCAGAAGGUGAUGACUAACAACUUGGGUACUACCUAUGACUUCAACUCUGUCAUGCAUUACAGCAAAUACGCCUUCUCCAAAAACCGUCAACCAACCAUCAUCGCCAGAGAUGACCCAGAUCUGACCUUCGGACACGCCACAGAGAUGAGCGCUAAUGACAUCGCCCGCAUCAACAUGCUUUACCAGUGCUGACACGAGUGACAGAAGGAGCAAGCCGGCUUUCAGAUAUUUUAACUCUCGGCACAUAAUGAUUACAUCCAAGGCCCGAUCUGUUGUAACUGCAAUAAUAUUACAGAGACUUCAAGUCCUGCCACAGUUAUGAGUUAGCUUCUCUUAGCAUUCAAUUCAUUCAGGUAACGAAUUGUUUUGAUAACAGAUGCAGUCCUGAAAAAAAAGACAGCAAUUUAGAGAUAAUGAAGGGAGUUUGUUAAAGGGAGAAAUGUUUGCUGUGAUGGAUCAUGCUGAAUUGUGAAAGCUGUUUUUCAUACAUUCAGUAAUGACUUGACUUGAUUUGUGUGCAGAAUUAGCCAGAGGAUUUGAUGAUCCAAGAACAAAACAUGUUUGUCAAGAACUUAAAACAAAAAUGUGUAAUUUGCCUGACAGUAAUAACUAAUAACAUUAUUAUGACAGCUUGGGCCAAAUGUCUUUUCUUUUCAUUUGGUUUUUCAAUUUUAGGGGGUCCCUUUUUUGAUUAAAUACUUGAUAUUUAACCACUGAUGAUUUAUACUUAAUGACUUUGAUUUCAUGUCUACUCUGAAGUGAGAAAUCAACAAAAAAUAGACCAAAAGGUGGCAGUAUACCACUAUCAUAUGAACAGGGAUUUACAGAAUAGUUUAGGUUAGGGGAUGUUCUCAGCUUGUCAGUGUAGAUAUUUCACAUCAGUUUUUAGUUUGGCUCAGGUGGAUAUACAAUAAAGCUUCAUCUUGCCACUAAAUUUGUACUCAUCUUUUGAACUUUUGUCUCUUUUUUGUGAAAUAUUGGAUCAUUUUAAAUCUUUGAGCCUUAAACGGUUAUCACAAGCCAAAAAGAUUAGGGAACUAUUGGUUUAAUCCCUGACUACGCACUAUACUGUAUUUUAUGAUC